AUGGACUCUGAACAAGAUGUAAAAGCCCGUGUGCUGUACCUGUUGAGGGCAGGGCUUUCCCACAGUGCACAAACCCUUGCACUGGAAGGAGUGAGAAGGUACCCAACUGACAAUGUGUUUCGCAUGUACAAUGGCUGGACUUUGGCUUUGGGUAGCCGACCUCAGGAGGCAAUACGAGAGUUGGACUCUCUUUCUGGUGAUAGAGAUAUCUCUCUUGGAGUAAUUGUUUCUCUUUUACACGUCCACAAAUUGUGUACAACUGUAGACAAUGAAGCAGUUUCCAGUUUAGAUACCAGACUUAAAGAUGAACGUCGCUCAGCAAGUGAGCUAUCACUUUACCAUGCUGCGUACUUCUUUUGUUUGGUUGGGAAAGCUGAGCGUGCCAGGGAAUACGCUGAUAGACUUCUAAAGUCAAGUCCUCAGUCGUGCUGGGGCUUGACCGUGAGAGGCUGGAUUGAACUCACUCUCAUACGUGAUGGAAAAGGUGAUAAGCCAGUCGAAGCUCGAGCCAAAACCGCAGCGGACUACUUCUCUCGCGCUCUCGACCAAAAUAAAACACACACUGAUGCUGCUUUCGGAGGAGUUCGCGCCCGAGAGUACAUGGGAGACCACGCUGGAGCCAUGAGCGUCCUCAAUCAGAUGAUCGUGCGGUUCCCCAGCGCGACCCCGCCCCUCGUGGAGAAGAUGCGCAACCAGCUUGCACAGCGGGAUUGGGGGCAGGCGUCCGACUCGGCUGCCCGAGCCCUCGCCAUCGACACCAACAGCUUGGAUGCCCUGCAGGUGAAUGCCCUUGUCCUGGUCUGCCGGGAUGGCGACUACGAGGGUGGCGCAGAGGCCGUCCAGCGUCUGGCGGACGCCAUGGAGAAGAUCGAGCCCAAGAACACGCACCUCUUCUUGGAGAACGCCCAGCUGUUCUCGCGCGUGUGCGGCCGCAACCCCGUCGUCCUGGCAGAGACCCUGCGCCUGGCCGAGCGCGCCGCCAAGGCCGAGCCCGGGGGCGCCGCGGCCGCCCGCUCCGCCACCACCCAGGAGCUGGGGCAGCAGUGCUUGCUGGCGGGCCGCCUGCGCGACGCCGCCCGGCACUACCGCACCGCGACAAGGGCCGACGAGAGCUCGGUCGGCGCGCUGGUGGGGCUGACGGCCACGCUCCUAGCCGACGAUGGCGCCACGGUGCCCUCUGCGGCCGCGGGGGACCGCGAGCAGGCGCGCCAGCAGGUGGAGUUCCUGCAGGAGGUGCAGGGCGACAGGCCCAGCGCCGACGUGCUCCUCAUGGCGGCCAGGCUGUCGGCUGGCGACUCUGAGCGCGCCCUGCGGCUGCUGGACGGCGCCGUGGAGGCGCACCUCAAGCUGCUGCAGGGGGAACCCUUUGGCCCGGCCUACCUCCGCGUCCUCAAUCCAGACAUGCUCCUGCAAGUGGCCAGGGAGUACCAGCGCCACGCGCCGGACAUCGCCUCCCCCCUCGCCCUCCCGGACGACGUCGGCGUCAUCGCUCCGCCCACGCCGACCGCCCUCAAGCAGUGCAUGGCGGUGCUGGAGCUGGUGCGCGAGGCGUGCCCCGGGCUGCUGCCGGCGCACUUGUCGCUUGCGCGCACCCAGCUCAUGGCUGGGGACGUCCGCGCGGCCCAGAACACGCUGCGUCACGUGCUCGACACAGUGGACCCCACCUCCGCCGACGGCCACCUGCUGCUCGCGCAGGCCCUGCUCAGGCAGGGCAACACCGCGGCCGCGGCGCAGAGCCUGGAGGUGGCGGUGAGCUACAGCUUCGCGGUGCGCGAGCGCCCGCUGUUCCACCUGCUCACCGCGCUGGUGCAGCGCGCGCGCGGUGACCUGGACGAGAGCUUCAAGAGCCUGACGGCGGCGCAGGCGCUCAGCGGCCUCCGGCCUGGCAGCGGCGGCGGCUCCGGGGGCGGCGCGCACGCGCUCUCCCGCUCCGAGCAGGCCACGCUGCUGCUCGAGCUGGCCGCCCUGCAGCAGCAGCAGGGCCGCUGGCCCGAGGCCAUGCUCGCCCUCCACGACGCGGCGGAGCGCUUCCGCGACACGGCCGAGGAGGGCCGCGUGGCGCUGGCGCACGCGGACGUGCUGCUGGCGCGCGGGGAGCCCGCCGACCCGUCCGCGGCGCUGUCCGUGCUCGCCUCGGUGCGACCCUCGCAGCCCUACUACCUGCAGGCGCGCCGCCGCAUGGCGCACAUCCACCUGCGCAUCCGCAAGGACCGGCGCGCCUACGCCGAGGUGUUCCGCCAGCUGGUGGACCAGGACCCCGGGCCGCAGAGCCUCGUGCUGCUCGGGGACGCGUACAUGGCCGUGCAGGAGCCCGAGAAGGCCAUCGAGACCUACGAGCAGGCGCUGCGGAAGAGCCCGCCCAACCGCAACCCGGGGCUGGCCUGCAAGACGGGGCGCGCGCUCGUGCAGACGCACCAGUACGGCAAGGCGCUCAACUACUACCGCGAGGCGGUGCGCGGCGACGGCGACCCGCAGCUGCGCCUGGACAUGGCGCUGCUCUGCCUCAAGCUGGGGCAGCUGGACAAGGCGGACGCCACCCUGAGCCAGGAGCUGGCCAGGGAGUCGUCGGCCAACGACGCCGAGGCGCUGGGCGUGCGCGUGCGCAUGCAAGAGCUGCAGGCGCGUGUGCGCGAGCGGGCGGGUGGCGGCGCGGUGGGCACCGUCACGGGCGUGCAGGCGGCGCUGGCGUGCCUGCAGGAGGCGCGCGUCACGCAGGCACGCGUGCUCAAGCUGGUGGCGGCGCGCGAGGGCGAGGACAGCCCCGCCGUGGCCGAGCAGCGCGCCGUGGGCGCCCGCCUGUGCCGCCAGAUGGCCCUGCACGCCGCGUCGUUGCGCGACAACACGGCCGCCGUGCGCUACUACCGCGAGGCCCUGGUGCUGCAGGCGGGCUCCGCCGGCACGGACAGCGAGGCCCCGCCCACGGCCGAGACCAGCGACACGCUCAUCGCCCUCGCCAAGCUGUACAUGCAGGUGGGCGACCUGGAGCAGUGCCAGGCCACCUGCCAGACGCUGCUGCGCGCCGUGCCCGAGCACGACGCGGCCACCGUCAUGAUGGCCGACCUGGCCUUCCGCCGCGUCGACCUGGAGGGCGCCUGGCAGCAUUUCUCGGCGCUGCUGCAGCGCCGGCCGGCCUACUGGACGGCGCUGGCCCGCCUGGUCGAGGUGUCUCGACGCCGCGGUCAGCUGGCCUCCUGUGUGCCCUUCUUGGACGCGGCCGAGGCCCAGGGCGCCGCUCAGCGCGCCCAGCCCGGCCUCAGCUACUGCCGUGGCCUGUACUCGUGGUACUCUGGCAACGCUUCGCAGGCUCUGCACCAGUUCAACGCUGCGCGGCGUGACCCCGAGUGGGGGCAGCAGGCCGUGCACAACAUGAUCGAGAUCUGCCUGGACGGCCAGAACCUGGGCGCGGAGGACGCUGGCGGGGCCGAGGACCGCGACGCGCGCCAGGCCGCGCUGGCCACGGCGGAGCGGCUGCUGGCGGAGCUGCGGGGCGCGGCGGGCGGCCCGGAGGAGGAGAUGAGCAAGAGGCUGCUCGCCAACCAGCUGCUGCUGGCCGCGGGGGACAAGCGCGGCGUGGAGCGCGCCGUGCAGGACCUGACGGCCGCCGUGAGCAGCGAGACGGAGAGCCACCGCGAGCCGGUGGGCGCGGUGCUGGGCCUGGCGCAGGCGCUGCUCCUGCAGAAGCAGACGCAGCGCGCGCGCAACCAGCUCAAGCGGCUGGCGCGCACCGUCUGGACCGUGGAGCAGGCCAACCACCUGGAGAAGGCGUGGCUGCUGCUCGCCGAGCUGUACAUCCAGCAGGGCAAGCAGGAGCUGGCCGCCGAGCUGCUGCGCCGCGUGCUGCAGCACAACCAGGGCUGCACCCGGGCCUACGAGAGCCUCGGCGUCAUGGCGGAGAAGGAGCAGACGUACCGCGAGGCGGCGGGGCACUACGAGCGGGCCUGGCGGCUGGGCGCGGGGACAAGCGAGGCCGGCGGGGCGGCGCGCUCCCAGCCAGCGCUCGGCUACAAGCUGGCCUUCCAGUACAUGAAGUGCAAGCAGUACGCAGACGCCAUCGACGUCUGCCAGCAGGUGCUCUCCGCACACCCUAACUACCCUCGCAUCCGGAAGGAUAUCCUUGAGAAGUCCAGGAAUCAUCUCAGGACUUAGCUCCCCGUAAUGUUAACCACCAAGUGUAGUUGUUUAUGUGAAAUGUAACCAGUAUUUCUCUGUGAUCUUGUUGAUGUAAGAUUUGAUUUUAAAGCAGCACAUUUAAGAAGUUUUAAAUAAUAAAUAUUCCGUCCACUUAAUGCACUAUUA